UGUUGGCCAAUGCAACAUGCAACGUGUCCACAAAUGAUUCAACAUUCUGCUCGCCAGCGGACGAUGGCACAGGAGCUGCGAGUCCGUACAAGGCAGUCGAGAUGUUUUUUAUCGCCCUGGUCACUGGGUCGCUGAGCCUUGUGACCGUCACAGGGAACAUUUUAGUCAUGCUGUCCAUCAAAGUCAACCGCCACUUACAAACUGUCAAUAACUAUUUCUUGUUCUCAUUGGCAUGCGCUGACCUGAUCAUUGGUGUGUUCAGCAUGAAUUUAUACACUGUUUAUAUCAUUGUUGGAUACUGGCCUCUUGGGCCCGUGGUCUGUGACCUGUGGCUUGCUUUAGAUUACGUAGUCUCCAACGCAUCAGUGAUGAACCUGUUGAUUAUUAGUUUUGAUCGUUACUUCUGUGUGACCAAACCCCUCACAUACCCUGCGAGAAGGACCACUAAAAUGGCGGGGUUGAUGAUUGCGGCAGCCUGGAUCUUAUCCUUCAUCCUUUGGGCCCCCGCCAUCUUGUUCUGGCAGUUCAUCGUUGGGCAGAGGACUGUGCCACCUGGAGAAUGUUACAUUCAGUUCCUGUCGAACCCUGCGGUGACCUUUGGCACUGCAAUAGCGGCGUUCUAUCUGCCAGUCAUAAUUAUGACCGUGCUGUACAUCCACAUCUCACUGGCAUCAAGGAGCAGGGUUUCCAAACAUAAACCAGACAAGAAAGAGAAGAAAGGCUCAAAAACACCCAGCAUGACGAAGAGUCACAUGCGAAAACAAAACAACAACAAUGAAAGCAGUCCUCGGAAGAGUCCUCAAUUGACUCCCAAGCUCAGUUUGGACUCGACAACCACUGUUGAUGAGGCUGUGAAGAACGGCAGGGCGGGUGCAGCCAAAUCAGGUGGACCACAGAUGCCAGCUCAACCCAGUCCUGGGCUCACAACACAGGAGGAAAAGGAGAGCUCCAAUGAUUCGUCCACAGCCUUUAUUCCCCCAACAGAACCAAAGGCAAGCAAUGAUGCGAUAUGUGAGGCUCCAACUAAUUCUAACCCAGUUCCAGCAAGUUUGACAAAUCCUCCCAUGUCCAAAAUCAAUUCCACCUCAAGGUGGUCUAAGAUAAAGAUCGUGACCAAGCAGGCUGGGGAUGAAUGCAUCACAGCACUAGAGAUCGUCCCGCCCGGGGAGGGAGCCGACAGGCAUUCCAUCCCGAUCAGCCGCCCCAGGACGGUGGCAAGGAAGUUCGCGAGCAUCGCUCGGAGCCAAGUGAAGCGGAAAAGACAGAUGGCCGCGAGGGAAAAGAAAGUGACCAAGACGAUUUUUGCCAUCUUGCUUGCUUUCAUCAUUACUUGGACCCCCUAUAAUGUCAUGGUGCUGAUCUCCACCUUCUGCCAGUCGUGCGUUCCUGACACCGUGUGGGCCAUCGGCUACUGGCUGUGCUACGUCAACUCCACCAUCAACCCGGCUUGUUACGCCCUCUGCAAUGCCACGUUCAAAAAGACUUUUAAAAACCUGCUGCUGUGCCAAUACAAGAACAUUGGCACAAGAUAAGUGGAGAGGACUGAGGCUGCAGGGAAAGAAGAGGGUGCGAAGGAUGGAGGUAUUUGAAAGCUGGCCUGCUACAGACUUUUACAGUGGAGAAGCAGACACGAUUUAUGUUGCAAAUAAAGGAAAAUUGAGGCCUAAAUCCUCCAGCUCCCCCCAUAAAUUGAACAAAAUCUUGAGGAGAAAAAUGAUUUAAUCAAAUCUGCUGUGGGGGGAGCAGGAAGGACAAUAAUUAAUAUUGGUGAAUUGAUGGAGGGUUACAUUAGAAUGACAAUACUCAUGAAUGAGUGUAAAAUACUGAGGGGAAGGACAUGAUUGGAGGGUGGAAGGAAUGUUUUGUGGACUGAGGUUGGAUUAAGGAAUGAAUAAUAAACAACAGUGUUGUGUGAAUGGAUGGUUUAUGU